CCAAACCGAUGGAAAUGUAGCUAGCUUAGCGUAGGUCUUCCCUGUCUGUUAGCACGAAGAAAGUUCAGCUGGGCGACUGAACUCGGUCGUUGGCUUCGGAAGUUUAACAGGAUGGCUCCAUUGAAGUUUUGUGCGAAUAUUUCGUGGCUGUUCACAGAGCUUCCGGACUUCAGCCAGAGAAUAUUAGCAGCAGCCGCGGCUGGAUUUCAGGCUGUGGAGGCAGCGUGGCUGUACGAUUCGGAUUUACAGGAGCUUCAGAGAGUCAGAAAGGCCACAGGGGUGGAGGUCGUCCUUAUCAACACCCCGCCAGGAGAUAUAAAGGCAGGUGAUCUUGGUCUUGGAGCAGUUCCUGGGAGAGAAGCAGAGUUCAGAGAGGGACUGGAUCUAAGUUUGAAGUAUGCCAGAGCUUUGGACUGUAAGAGGAUUCACCUGAUGGCUGGGAGAGUUCCCGUGGACUCUGACAGAGCGACGGUUGCCAAGGAAAUGGAGGCCGUCUUUGUGCAGAACCUAAAAUAUGCUGCUGAUAUCCUUUCAAAGGAAGGAAUCACUGGACUGAUUGAACCGAUCAACACCAGGAUUACAGACCCCAAGUAUUUUCUGGACUCUCCUCAUCAGGCAUCUGCAAUCCUGGAGAAGGUUGGAAAGCCAAAUAUGAAACUGCAGAUGGACAUCUUUCACUGGCAAAUAAUGGAUGGAAACCUUACACAAAACAUUCAAAAGUAUAUUCCUAUCAUUGGUCACGUCCAGAUUGCUCAGGUUCCCGGCAGAAAUGAGCCCGACAGCGCCGGAGAGCUCAGUUACAGCUACCUGUUCGACACACUGGAAAACAUCGGCUACCAGGGUUAUAUCGGGUGUGAAUACAAGCCGCAAGGCUCCACAGACGAGGGUCUGGGCUGGAUCAGAGAAUACUGGACUCACAGAAAGUGCUGAGACGAGGUGACGGAGCAUAAAGCUGUCAGUGUUGAGCCCGACAGCACUCUACCUGCAGCACCCACCUUUUCCAUUUAACUUGGGCUUUGCACAGACUCCUGUGGCCUUAUAUUGUUUUAUAAAUGUGUCAUCCUCUCUGAAUCUGUUUCCACACUGUAGAAAGAAGUGAAUACACGUUUUCCUCCUCAUCAUUGGCGGGUUUGUGCCAAUCGUGUGGAUUUGUGCUUCUUUCUUCAUCAGUGCACUCACUUCAUUAACAGCAGUGAUUCAGGAUAGCAAUGUUGUUCUUUAAAAUCAAGUUCAAAUCGUUUUUUUCCAUAAGUUUCUUCGUAGCAUCAGGUGGAAGGAACGUAGGAUGCAGCAGGCAGAGCCGCCCGAAGGCUAACAUGAUAAAAUAGUGGAUGAUUGUGACAGGCAGGCUGUAUCGACAUCAAAAUGUAAAAAAUAUAUAUUUAGAGUAGCAGACUGAUGGAGCAAACAAUUAAGAAUUCAUUUUUGUGAAUGAAAAAUUUUGAGUCCUGGUACGGCAUUUUAAAUAUGAAUAACUGCAACAUAAUCACAAUUAAUAAUGAACUAAUGAAUGCUAUAUUUAAAGUUUUGGCAUGUGAGAAAAUGACCUUCAGGGCUGAAAAAUUAAAGUGCUGAAGUGGGUUUUCUUUCUGAGACGUGUAACUGAGAUAUUAGAAAAAUAAACUUUCCUUCGAUGUAAAAUAUUAUUUUCCGAAUUUAAUGAAUAAACGUUCCAGUUUCCCCCAAA